AUGGCCACCGAGGUCUCGUCACCUUGUGUCGAUUAUGGCCCUACAGCGCACACGAAUCCAAACAUCUUUCAACUAGAGAUCAAACCAAAACAUGUUUUAUGCCAUGAGAUUGGUGCUGGAUCGAUGUGUACAAGAUGCGGGAAAUGUCCCGGUCUAGAUCUACACUUUUGGAGAAAACUAUGUAAAACGUGUGGAUGUCGUAUGGACGAGCAUGACGUCAUUCUACCAAAUCAGUACGAUCACGGGCAAUUGAUUAUUGGUCGACUUUUCGGUGUUCGCGAGCAAUUCGAGUCUGUGGUCGCCGAUUCGUAUGAACACGCAAAAGCUCAAGCGGAAGCGGAUCGCCAAGCGAAUGAGGGACGAAUGACGGCUUUUGGAGUGAUGUUGAAGCCAGUGAAAAGAGAUGGUGGUGGAUCGAGAGGUGUUUCCCCAUCACGAAGUGGAUCCGAUUGUGGCACUGAUGGUCGAGAUCGAGCCUCGUCCACCUCAUCCACUUCCUCCCGCGCUCCUCUUUCCCAAAAAAGCGAGCUCAGCACUGCUGUCACUUCAUCACCUCGAGUCUCCACAGCUACUUUGAGUGAAUCUAAAAGAACUGUCCCCAGCGCUGUCUACAAUUAUAAAAUGGAAACAAAUAAUAAAGAGAAUGAGAAGGUGAUCACCUAUUACUCGUGGGUGCCCAUAUCGGAUGAUCGACUCAUCGACAAAUAUAUGAACGCAUUGCCGGAAGAAGAGCGGCCAAUUGCUGGCACAAAGGGAGAGCAAACGAGGAGACAGCGAUUGGCCUAUCAACUCCCACUCUAUGAUUGCAAUGUUGAUGAUUCUCGUUUCGCCUCGGAUCAGGACAAAGUCGUGCUGGGAAAAUUCGUGGACAACGUCAAGAAACAUGUGAUCGGCGUUGGCAAAGUUGUUGAAGUGGAUUCGGUGGAGAAAAACGAGAAAAAGAGGAGGGAGAUGAGAGAAACGGGAAGUCAGACUGAUCUCCUGAGCAAUGCGGCUCAAAAUGCAAAGACGGUGAAUGGAAAUGGUGGACUGGAUCACGCGCUUCAGCUGGACACCCUCGCCGAUCAAGUACACCAAAUUGGAAUCCAGGGUUCCACAAAGAGCCAAAAGAGCCCGAUCUCCCCCGGAUCGCAACGAGCCACCGAGAUCAUUCAAGAGAUCGAUCCAGUGCCAUGCAAGCAAUGCACAGAUAUGAUCAAUGUAGGACAAGUUGGCAUUCGAACAGAUCACGGGAUUAAAGAGGACACUUGGCAUCCGGGAUGUUUCCGAUGUGAGCAAUGCCAACAAUUGCUCGUCGACAUGCUCUAUUUCUAUCAUCAAGGUAAAUACUAUUGUGGUCGACAUUUCGCUGAUCAACUUUACCCACGAUGUUCUGGGUGUGAUGAGUUAAUCUUCGCCAAUGAGUACACGUGGGCUGAGGAGAAAUCGUGGCAUUUUGACCAUUUCGCAUGCUUUAAGUGUGACUUCAAAUUAGGCGGUCAUCGCUAUAUGACAAGAGAGGAACAGCCUUAUUGCCUCGAUUGUUUUGUGAAACAUUUUGCAAAGACAUGUGCUAGUUGUGAGGAGAAAAUUGGACCCGAUGAGAAGCGUUUAAAUUACGAAGAGACACACUGGCAUGCGACAGUCGAAUGCUUUCAUUGCAAAGAAUGUGAUGAAUCUUUGAUUGGAAAGAAAUUCAUUUGGAAAGAGAAUUGUCUUUUUUGUUCCUCGAAAUGUCGAUCCGAUCAUUGCGCAAAGAAGAAA